CCCCCCCCCCCCCUUUUUUUUUUUUACCGUGUAAUACUAUUCUACUCAAACUGCAGCAGGAAAAUGAUUGAUGUGACUAGUCCUUGUUAGGAUUUUAAAGGCUCUACUCUGUUAAAAUGAGCUAUCCACAACAUGGUGCUAGAAGUGGUGCCAUCCCUAAGGAAAGACAAAAGGAUGGGUGUCUAAACAAGGGUCUUGAUGUGACCAUGGAGUCUGAUUUUAAGAGGGAUCAUUUGAAGGGUCCACAGCCGCUUGCAGCUAGUCAUAUUUCUAUGAAUGACCAGAGUGAACAGUCAGAAAAUUCAAGCGUAUGCCCAAGUGAUGAUGGAGAUCAAAUCAGGGAUAAAGGGGUCCAUCAGGAGAGACCAGUGUCACCAACCUUCAGUUAUCAGUCCAUAAAGAGUGAUGAGUCAAUGACCACCCCUCUUUUUUUCAAGGAGGGAGACUUAACCCAAAUAAAAGAUCUUCCACUUAGCAUCACCACGCCAGAAGAGAGCGGUGAGACCUGUAACUUCUGUGAUCUUAAAGCUGUGAAGACCUGUCUGACCUGUACUGCUUCCUUCUGUGAGACCCAUGUUAAGAAGCAUUACACAGAAGCGAAGCUACUGAAACACACUCUAGUUGAGGUGACUGGAGACCUAGACGAGAGACUUUGCCAGGAGCACCACAGACUCCGAGAGGUGUUCUGCAGGACCGACCAGAGGCUUAUCUGCUUUGAGUGUACAUUCAAUAACCACAAAGAACAUGAUUUGGCUGACAUUAAGCAAGCUGGAAGACAGACUCAGGAUGAAGAGCAACACCAAAGACCGGCUUUAGUUGAAGUCCUCCCAAACCUGUCAGUGUGUAGGUUGCCUCUGCAUUUCGUUUUGAUUGGAUUCAAUAUGACCAAAGUAUCAGUGCUGCCCCCUCCUGGUGAAAUCCAGUUCCAGUCAGUGACAUCAGACUCUGUGUCUCUGCGCUGGGGUUCUCCCGAGGGACUGCCAGGACCUCAUAAGUACAGAGUGACCUGGGGGUGUGACGGGGAAGAGAGCAGCCAAAAAGUGAAAGACCUACAUCAUCUUGAAAUAAAUGGACUCCAGCCUGGUAAAAUGUACCAGUUCCGUGUGGCCACAGAGGGAGAAAAUGACAGCUAUAGCGGAUGGGUCUCAGAAUCUGUAGCCACAGUUGUCCCUGCACCCAGGGACUUAAAGAUAAACCCAUUAGAAGCGACCUCCUUCACCCUCAGCUGGACCAAGGCUCUUGGACUGGACCAAAUUCCACAGCGCUUCCUCGUAUCCUACAGAAGCCCAGAAACAGAGCCCCAGGCGGCCAAUACUAAGGAAUGCACAAAAACAUUAUCUGGCCUUCAACUGGGAACUGAAUACACUGUCAGUGUCUCAACUGUGCUGACCAGUGGGGAAUCGAGUGAACCUGUGAGAACAACCAUCUGCACAGUACUCCCUCCAGACAAGCUGAAUGUUGACUCGGUAAAUACCACAUCAGCUACUUUGAGCUGGCACCAGCCUUCUGGAAUGGACCAAGCCCAACUCCACUACCUGAUCUCCUACGACUGUCGAGGGAAAGAAAUAUGCAUCAAAACCGAUUCCUCAACUAUCACUUUCCCUGACCUGCAACCUGCAACUGAGUAUUCAGUCACUGUCAGCACUGUGCUGGAAAAUGGGAAUAAAAGUCAACCUGUGUCAACAACCUUCACUACAAACAUUCCACCACCAGGGUACAUAACAGUACAUUCAACCACAGAGAGCUCUAUAUCUCUGAGCUGGAGGCCUCCUGAUGGAAUGGACGAACAGCCAUACAAGUUUAAAGUCAUGUGGCUUUCAGGUGUUGAUUCUGACCACUUCCGUGUUCAAGACUCAGGCCCUGUUAAUAUCACAAACCUCAUGCCAGGUACAGAAUAUAAAAUCAGAGUGGCAACAAAUUUGGACAACGGACAGCUUAGCCCGUUUGUUUCAACGCAAACAUUCACAGAACCGUCUUCUCCUAGGAAUCUGUGGGUUGAAGAAGUGAAAAGAAAAUCUAUCACAUUGUGUUGGGACAUACCAGCGGACAUGGAAGAAGUGUCUUAUUCAUUUAUCACUACCUACUCUUGCAAUGGAGAUGAAAAAGAGAAAGAGACUAAAAACAACAGGAUUGUUCUUUCUGAUCUUGAACCAGACACAAAAUACACCUUCAGCGUCUCCACAGUGACCAAGCAUGGCAGCAGGAGCACAAGGAAAACAUUGGACGAGUGGACACGCUCAAGUCUGCAAGGCCUAAUAGACAAGUUGGGACUGAAGAAGAAACUUACAACAGAGAUUGUGCGAGAGAUUGGCGAAGAUUCUGACAAACCUGUAACCAGUCUUGUAUUACAACAACAGUGUUUCUUAAGGAGGUUAUUGAUGAUGAAUAUGAAAGCCAGAAGUCUUAAAUGUGACACUGACCGAGGCAGCUCAAUUCCAGAAGUGAAUCCCCUAGACCUGAUCACAGCCCUGUUUAUAUGUUCAGAUGGUUUCCUGCAGCAGGAGAUGGCCCUGAAAAUGUCCAUGUGCCAGUUUGCUGUUCCUCUCCUGCUGCCCAACUGUGACACAGAACAAAGCACUUUGAUGCUGUGGGCCAUGAGAGAUAUUGUGAAACCGUUUCGAUCCUGCUCUUCUGACGACCAAAGUGAGUUUGUUGAGAAGAGCAUUGUGCAGACUCACCUCCCUAUGGUGUCUUUUGUUAGACUGGGCAACAGCACCUUGUCAAAGUCUCAGCUUUUGAAUGAAGUCAUAAGCAAUUCUCAGCAGAACUACAACACCUUUGUUCACAAUGACAUGACAGCUGGCAACAUAAGAAGGAUGAUCUCUGAUGGCUUAGUGGAAAUCAGCUGGUACCUUCCCUGUGGUAAAAAAAACAUUGAUGUCUUCACUGAACCUUUGGCUGUGGCGAAUCUUCGUGGGGAUGUAUGUAGCUUUCAGACCCAGUUCUCUUUCCUCUGCCAAACAUCUGCUGCAGUGUUUGUUUUCUGUGAUGAUUUAGGUUCAGGAUGCAGUAUACUAAAUCUCCAGAACAUGAAAGCUCGUCUCUUCAUUGUAUGCACCGCUGAGGCUCAAAUCGAUGAUAUAGGAUUUGAGAAACACUCCAUAAUAAGGAAAGAUAAGCAAACGAACGAUGCACAACUUGUGAAGAAGCUCCGCUCUGCAGUCACAGAAGUCAUGAAGGAAAACCCACACAAAUUCGAAGUGCAGGAAAUGCCUGGUGUUGCACACAACUUGAAUAUCCUUGUCGAUGAAGAUGGUGUCUGCCUGAGUGCUAAGGAAAGGGCAGAUUCAAUUACAAAAAACAUCGAUUGCAUACCAAGCUAUAAAGAGAUUCAGCUACCAUUACAGGGGGAUGUUUGGAAAAGACUGACUACACUGGAGAAAGAGGAGUGUAAACUGAAUAGAGUGGGAGAAAUGAACAGGAGUGAGCUCAAGCAAAAGAAAGAGGAAAUCCGGAAGGAACAAUUAUCGUAUGGCAUGAAUGUUGGCAUCUCCGAUUUCAUUGAUGGUUUGAAGAGCUCCAGAGAAGAGCUCCCCUAUUUCCUCAAGUGGAUGAAGCUCAAUCUGGACACCCUGUCCAGAAAACUCCUUUUUGAUCUCAGGAUGAACUAUAAAGACAUGUGUCAGCAUUCCCCAGAAAAUAAAGAAGUCAUUGCCAACUUAGACAAAAAGAUCUCAGACAGUUCCUUAGGAACCGAACAUUUCCUUAGGGAAGUAGGACAGCUAUAUGAGUCAUCCAUGUCCUCAGACGAAACCAGUGCCAUUCAACAUCAAGUACAAGGACUGCCAAGAAUCUGUGCCCAAUUGAUACUGGAUGGUUUUCCACUGGAGCUGAUAGAUGGUGAUGCAUCAAACAUCCCAAUUAAGUGGAUAACAGAUGUUUUUAAAGAACUUAACAAUUUAACCAAGUCUGACUGUAAGAUCCGGGUGGUUACUGUGUUAGGGGUUCAAAGCAGUGGAAAGUCAACCCUUCUGAAUACCAUGUUUGGGGUUCAGUUUGCAGUCAGCAGUGGAAGAUGCACUCGCGGUGCCUUCAUGCAGCUGAUCAAAGUGAAAGAUGAAUUGAAGAAUGAACUACAAUGUGACUUCAUCAUGGUCAUCGACACAGAGGGCUUGAAGUCACUUCAAUCGACCCAGCUUACUGACAAUUAUCAGCAUGAUAAUGAACUAGCCACACUUCUGGUAGGACUGAGUGACAUCUCAAUUGUUAAUAUUGCCAUGGACAACAUCACAGAUAUGAAAGACACCCUGCAGAUUGUAGCCCAUGCCUUCCUCAGAAUGAAAGAAUCAGGGAAGAAACCCAGUUGUCAGCUGGUGCACCAGAAUGUUGCAGAUAUAUCUGCUCAUGGCAAAAAUCUUAGGGACAGGAAUCGCCUUCUUAACCAGCUGAACGAGAUGACAAUUGUUGCAAGCAGGAUGGAAAAUACAGGUGAUGACAUUAAGUUCACUGACAUCAUAGAGUGCAAUCUAGAGGACACCUGUUAUAUCCCAGGUCUCUGGCAUGGCAGUCCACCCAUGGCACCUGUCAAUGAGGGUUACAGCGAAGAGGUGGCCAAUUUGAAGAGGAAGUUGAUAAAUGCAUUCAAAAAAGAGAAAGGCUCAGGACAAACAAUCCCAAAGUUUGUUGAUGAGCUCAGAGGUUUAUGGAUGUCAGUUAAAUAUGAGAACUUCAUCUUUAGUUUCCGCAACAGCAUUGUGGCCGAGGCAUACAACAAUCUGUGUGUGGAGUUUAAUAGAUGGGACAGGUCCUUCCAAAAGCACAUCUACAAAUGGCUUACUGAAGCAGAAACCAGGGUGGCAAACUAUGGAAUGAUGGGGUACUCAGAAGAAUCUGGCCUAGAUGAAGUAUUGAGUGGUCUGAAAAUUGAGGCCAGCAAUGAGCUACAAAGAGAGGGCAAACUGUUUCUCGACAGUGUGAGUACCUAUUACAAAAGUGAGGAGGGAAAUGUGUAUAUGGUUGAGAAGUAUAGGGAAGAAUUUAAAAAAGGUGCAGAGAGCCGCUGCAAGGAGACUGAAAGUGUAGUGAGGAAGAAACUAGAGGUUGCAGUUGAUUUAAGAAAAUGCACCUUCAGGGUAGACGAGAUUCAGAAAAGUAACAGGGAUACUCUUGACAAGCAAGUGUCUGACCUUGUAAAGAAAUUUAGUGGAGGGGAAAAUCCAAUGAACGACCAACAACUUGAGAAUGCAUUUGAAGAGAUGUGGAAGCAAACAACAGGGAAGCUCUCAUUUAAUGGUCUGGAACAUCAAAAUGUUGCCAAAGACAUCUACAAAAAUCUAAAGAUUAACUUGGAAAGAGAAAGUAGCAAGGUCCAGGAAAUGUUAGAUCAAGCUUCCCCUCUGGAGAACUGUGGACUUCAGGAAUUUCAAGUGAAAAGUGAACACAAAGCAUUUGGGAUUCUAGCUAAAAUCAAGAAGACCAAAGACAGUCAAAAAAUAUCAAAGGAUAAAACUCAAGCAAUGUCCAUUGACAUCAUAAACCGCAGUAAAAGGUUUGUUUCAAACAAGGUGAAAGAAAGAACAGACUACCACCACACUUACAUGACGGAACUACUGGAACUGAUUGAGGAGAACCUUUCCAGAGACAAUGACUUGCAUUUCAGUCCAGAAUUUGCAGCUUCUCUUAAGAUACACAUCUGUGGGCAUGCAGCAAGGGAAUUUCAGCAAAUGCAUGAGGCUUUCAACAGAGACAAAGACCCCCGACAAAGCCUGGAUAAACUGAAACCGCAGUUCUUGGCUGACUUCAAAGACCUUUUCAACAAGAGAGACCAGUGCAAAAGAAAGGCUGAAGAGUUUACCAACCUCUGUCUGAAACCUGCAAUAAGAUAUUUUAUCACCAAAUCUCUUAGUCCAGACAUUUAUGAUGAAAUGCUUUCCAACAGUGAUGUGGAUUUCAGGACAAGGCGGUCUUUCCAGUUUUCUAUACUUAAGAACCUACUAUCAGAAGAUUUCCGGACAUUCUUCAAGUACACUGACUACUAUGAGUCAUUUGCAUUUGAGUUUAUUAUUAAGAACAUAGUAGGACACCUUUCAAAUGGAAGCAACAUCAUCACAAAGAUGGAAGUGAAACACUUGAAUUCAAUCAGUGGAAAGAUAAAGGAGGCUGUUGAGGAAUCACUCAAAACUAGCAUUGAAAAAGCAGAUGGAAAUGGUGACCUGAAUUUUAACAAGUUCCUUCAGGAUUUACUCUUCAAAUUGUCUACCUUGCUGAUCAUCCCCACUGACACAACAGGGAUGACUUUAGAUAAUUCCAAGACCAAAGACUUUUCUGUUAUGCUGAUAUCAUCUGUCGAAGAGAUGAAGAACCGUCUCAGUGACGAGUUUCACAAAGAUCAAGAUGUGCAAAACAAGUUGGCCAGUAUACCUGACUCUCCUCAGGACCUGCUUUACAACAAGAUGUUUGGCUGUGGAAAACAGUGUCCUUUCUGCAAAACCCCCUGUGAUGCUCAAGGGAAUGGUCAUUCAAUGCACUCAGCUUAUAUUCAUCGACCUGAUGGACUUGGCGGGUACAGAUGGAAAAAGUCAGAUAAACUUUCCAUAGACAAAUGUUCCUCUCUUGUUGACAGCAAGAAAAAGUUCUGCAAUGCCGAAACAAAAGGGAAAUUCAGUUCAUAUAAAGACUAUCCUCUGUAUUUCAAAGACUGGAGAAUCGACCCUGACAACUCCCAUGUCACAGACUACUGGAAGUUCCUCUUUGUGAAGCACAAUAAGGAGUAUGCUGAAAAUCACUCAAGUACCUUGCCAGCUGAUAUACCAGAAGACUGGAGAUCAAUCACUAGUGAACAGGCUUUGAAAAGCUUGACAGAGACAUUUUACCCCAAACCAUGAAAAUCCUAGACAAGCCGUCAUGGUCUGGUGUAGUCCACUGGAAUUUAUGUAAAUGUACAUAAUUUAGCUACGACAUAAAGAGAGUUUGAAAGAAGAUUAAUUGAAGUUGUAUUCCAUCCACUAACAUGCAACAAUGAGACUGAUGGUAUUUCCAUGUUUUACAUUUUUUGCUGUUGGAUAGUUUCCCCAUUGAGCUUAUGAAAGAAAGAUAAUUUUGUUUGUUUGAUCUUUGAUGUUGUAUAUUAUUUGCUUUAGUUUUAUCUUGUAUGUCAUUCAUUUUCGUUGGAAGACUAGCCCAAUGAUAGGCUAAAAGGGAUCCUAAAAUCAGUGCAUUUUGUUUGUUGAUCUUUGAUGUUGUAUAUUAUUUGCUUUAGUUUUAUCUUGUAUGUCAUUCAUUUUCGUAUUCUGGAUAUUCUGGAGAAUAUAAUAUAAUGUGAUUGUAAAUUGUCCAUUAUAGUUUUACACCAUAACAAAAAAGCCUCUGCAUACAUUCUGGGCAUUCAUAUUUUUGUAAGAUAACAUCCUAGUCCUCAUCUUAAACAAUUUACUUGCAUUGCAUUAAAGGCUUGUUAAUGUAUAUGCAUGUUAAAAAUUGAAUAUCCAUUGUUUUUUGUCAGAGAUUUGUCAAAUGUAUAGAAUAUCUCUGAUUCUGGUGUUUCUUUUAUUGUAGAACAAGGUACUGUAUGUAUCCCACUUAACUUCAAAUUAACAAAGAUACAGUAAAACAUAAUUUAAAUACUUUUAAAUGAAAAUUGUUUAUUGACACAGUUCAUUUUACUUCAUUUCCUCAUAGAUGGUUAAUAAAAUGUUUGAAUGAA